ACGCAGAUGUAGUUACAUAAAGAGUCAUCUUAUUUCACAUGCAUUAUGUGUAUUUAUUAGUGUUUCUAGAAUGGUUUGAAGAACUUGUGCAAUAUUUAGUAAAAAGCGAUGUAUAUGAUUUGCGAUGCACUAUUUUAUUUCCAUGUUAAACCUCUUCAAGAUACGGGUAUUUUAUUAAAAGAAGUAUCCAAUUGAGGCAGUGAUGGAAUAUCGUGCAAAACUACGCAUAAGUUAAAAAGACAUCACGUGCUAAUAUCACGCAGACAUGGGUAAAAAUAAAACGGGUGCCGAGGGCUGCCAGGAAAAGACAAACGGACAGCAAAAGUGGAAGAAAAUCAAAAAAGUUUCUGACAGCGUCGCAGCUCUUAAACCCGCGGCACACGUACCACAAACUCCCCAUCUGAAGAAAAAACGGUCUGCAAGUUUGGUCUCCGAAACAUCCGAGAUACUUUUGCACCCGUACCGCCUGAACAGGAACAAUUCGCUUGCGUUUUUAGGCGAUGCUUUGUUGCUCGGUACAAUAAAGUCAGAGGAUUCCAAACAUGUUACGCAUGAGGAUGAAAGUCACUUGACUCGAGGCGAGGACCUUAAGACAUUUGGAAAAACACAAGACAAUAAUCAUAAGAAAGGCCCCAGAUUAAAGGAAAAGCGACGUUCGUUGGCAGCGAUCUACACCCAAAAGGAACCAUCCCAUGCCCCGGAAGAUCCUCAAACAGUCAUAAGGAAUAAGACAUUCGACGUGGUGAAGAACACCCUCGGACUGCUGUUCCAGGACGAUCAACUCCGCCUGGGGGUAGACAACGCCUACCCUCUCCUGAAGACCAUCGGGCUCAAUCCACAGAGCGAAAGAGUUGUCGACCUUGUCAGAGAGGCCAGCAUUGAAAACUACGGAGAAAUCAAACCAGAAGAGUUCGAAUCUGUGGUUCUGGGAUUGGUGCAAGAACAGGAUGUGGAACUAUGGGAGCAACGUAUGGAGGAGAAGGAGCAUCUUCACCGGGAGCUGGCUGCAGCUAAAGCGAAAGCGGAAGCCGAAAAGAUGCGCGUCGAGCAAGAGCGUUUGAAGGCCGGAUUUGUAGUAUCAGAAGCCGAAGUGAAGGAGGACGCGGAAAGGGAAGAAAUGAUGAAAAAGAAAGAAAAUGACCUCAAAGAAAAAAUGCAGAAGGAAGACGAACUUUUCGACAAUAUGAAAAUGGCAUUCAGGUUCAUCGACCAUGACGGUGACGGCGUGAUUUCCACGAGCGACCUCUACACGCUCAUGAUGGGGCUGGGUGAGAUGCUGACUGACGACGAGCUCUUCAGCAUCCUCAACAUGGCCGACCUCGACUGCGACGGAAAGGUCACCUAUGACGAUUUCCGGAAGUUUUUGCUGCCCCAGUGCGGAGAUGAAACGCUGAUUACCGCUCCCCGUCUUCUGGCACAGUCACUUCUGAACCAGGGAACAGAACCUGCCAUCACCAAGGCAAUAGAAGAUUCCAAAACGAACGCAGUUUCUAAGUCAGACACUCGUGAUAAUGCCAAAGGCAGUAUAAACGUUCCUUUUGACACGGAACAGGCGUCUAAAACUGUUGACACAAGUGCCGUUGUGGAGGAUACAAAUAAAAAUAUUUCUGGUGAAAAAGGGCUAGAAAACGCUAAACCGGAGACGACAGGGAACGCCGCCGAGCAAACCGCGGCACUAGAGAAAAGACGGUCUUCAAUGCUGUGGGGCUACAUGAACAGGAAUAACAGCACGGACUCAAGAAAGCCCAGCUUGCCCUCAGUUACGUCGGAAGACGACAGUGUGUUUGAAAGCAACAAACUCGAAUCGGAGGCGCCCGAAAUCAACCUACCUGAAGCUACUCAAGAAACUAAAGAAGAAUUUCGCACUUUACAGACACCAGUUGAUAUUGAUAUAGACACAAAUGAAACACCAAAUCAUCUGGGCGCAAUACGGGAAGAAGAUGAACAUUCUAACUGUGAACUUGGAGAUAAAGAUGUGGAUUUAGUAGAAACAGAUCAUAAAAUAGACACAUUUCCUUUAUCGGCAAUUGAACAUAAACGAAAACUUUUUUCAAGACAAAGCUCGUCGGCUUCGCUGAAAACAAAAGUAACCGACAGUUUUGGUGACUCUGGCAUUGAGACUCUUGACACCGUUAAUUGUUCAGAAAUAAGAGAGCAACCCGACGUGUUUGAUAUAGAUAUGUCGGACGAGGAGACGGACGACAGACAGAAAAUGUCUACGCCGUGCUCUGAGAUAAAAGCUAGCCCACGCGCUAUUUAUGACGUAGAACAAGAUGACGAGGAUAUGGUAGACGCACAUCACGUGCACGAAUCCCUCUCGCGUGUCAGUUCCUCAGAAUCGUUGAGCAAAUUAGAUGACCUGGAAUCCGAAAUGCCUACAGAACGGGUAAGAAACUACGUUAACGAUAUUUUCCACUUUGAAUUGCCGAAAUCACCAAGAGGAAACAACGAUGGGAAGAAAAUAGAUGAUGAAAAGUUAGCAAAAGCUGAAUAUUUGCAGAGCGUCAUCUUGAACCGAACGAGUUCUUCUCCAAACAUAACUGUAUCCAAAAGUAGUUCUGGUAGACCAAUGUCAGCUCGGCGCCCUGAUUCAAUAAUCCCAUGUGCGCAGGUGAACAUUGACCUCACGCUUGAUACCCCGCCGAAAGCGGACAUACGGACGUUUCGCAAAUCAACUGAACGUUCCAAAAGCGCAACGACGCCGAGGGAAUCACAAAGGGCAGUAGUCGAUAAUAUCAGUCAUUCAAAGACCAUUAAACAUAUACGUGUUAUCGAUUUGUUGAACGGUCCAGUGAAUGACGAGAACGUUUCUCCAUCAGUGGAGCGAAGUAGGUGGCCAGUUAGACUGUUGACGCGUCCAAGAUCACCAGUGAUGAAAAGGCCUUUCACUCGUACGGAGAAAAGCGUGUCAUUAAAUCUCGAUUGUAUUCCCGUGGAAAGGCAAGAAAAACCAACGUUCAAUCAGAAACGGGCAAAAUCUGCGAAUCCUUUGGGAAGGUCUAUGCCACACACACCAAACACUUCAAAAACAAAUACUCUUCGACCGAAGAGUGCUAGUCUGUCCAACACGUCUGCCCCUAUUUCUUACCGGAAGUCCGAGCCAGACAAAAACACAGAACUUCUUGCAGCAAAACCGUUUGCGAACGCAGACCUAUUGUAUCCAAAUAAAUCCAUGCUCACUAUGUUUCAUCAUGGUUUCAGAUCGAUCUGGCCGAUCGGACGGAAAAUAAACCUUAUUCAGAAUAAACGCCCGUUUGAAAAAUUUGAAAUGAACUCUUACUCAAGAGCGAUCGAACGUCAACAAUACCCUUUCAAGGGUAAUCAUAAUAUUUGUAUUCAAGCUGCCAAAUGUGAAAACGCUCCUGAUGUUUCGAGUCCGUUGGUAAUUAAGUCGGACGUGAAAUCAAAGUGCGAACUUGAGGAUAGUAGCAGGGUAACACAAACGACUGUCAGAAAGUUGUCUUUAUAUAUUGAACCAAACCGUACUCCAAGAUCGGUACGAUGAAUAGACGACGAAAGAUUCUAAACUAUUUUAGUGUGCUAUAAGUUGUUAUUACUUUUCUCGUGAAAAUUGUUAUUUAAAAAAAAUAUAUCUUGAUAAAAAGGUUUUAAUAAUUUCAUCCGUUUUGAUCAUAGUAAGAAGUCAACUUGAACAUGUUGUUGCAUUUAAUAUCAUAAUCAUCAUCACCAUCAUCAUCAUCAUCAUCAUCAUCAUCAUCAUCAUCAUCAUCAUCAUCAUCAUCAUCAUCAUCAUCAUCAUCAUCAUCAUCAUCAUCAUCCUCAUCAUCAUCAUCAUCAUCAUCAUCAUCAUCAUCAUCAUCAUCAUCAUCAUCACCAUCACCAUCAUCAUCAUCAUCAUCAUCAUCAUCAUCAUCAUCAUCAUCUGCAGGCGGGUUUUAUUUGUUUUAUUUGCAUAUUUAUGUGUCUGUCUGUUUAUAUUGUUGUGCAUUAUGUUAAAUAAAUGAUGUUUCGGUUC